AUGGAGAACAAAAUCGAAGCGCUUAGAGAGAAAAUCGCCAGAUUCAUCAUCUAUUGCGACGAAAUAGUGAAGAUGCCGGAACCUAAUCUAUCGAGAGGCUACCUUGAGGCGAAAAAGUUAAUGGUAGCUAAUAUGUGGAGCAAAAUAGAGUCGGCAAAUGAUGAAAUAGCAGAAAAUGCGGAGAAAGGAUCCGAAACCAAACGAGAGUAUCUGAGAAAGGAUUAUGAUACGGCCUUCACCCUACUGGACAAGGUCGCGAUACGAAUCCAAACCAAAUUAGAGAAAUUUGGACCAGUCGCAGCACCGGUGAAAUCACAAGAAAGCGCUGUGGCGAAUGAUAAACCGAAUAUAAAAUUGAAGGCGAUGGAUAUUCCGAUUUUCUCGGGCGAAUAUGAAAAUUGGAUUUCCUUUCGGAACAUGUUCGAGUCACUGGUGCACAACAAGAAAUAUGACGAUGUGGACAAAAUGCAUUAUUUAAAGUCAUGUGUUGAUGGAGACGCGGAGCGAGUCAUUAGUCAAUACGAUAUUUCAGCUGAAGCCUACGGGCCAGCUUAUGCAGCUUUGGUGGAUCGUUUCCAUAACGAAGCCAUCCUAAUCGAUACGCACAUCAUUAAAAUCCUCUCGCAACCGAAUUUGAAUUCAGAGUCCGGAAACGGUUUGAAAGAAAUGAUGGACGUAACGACCGUAAAUAUCCAAGCAUUGAAAAGUCUGAAGGUCAGGGUCGAGUAUUGGGACCCGAUACUAUUGCUGUUGUUGGUACAAAAAUUGGAUGGGGCGUCGAGGCGUUUGUGGGAACAAAAAUUAAAACCAAAGACAUUGCCGACGAUGGAUGAUUUUUUGGAAUUUUUGAAGGUUCGGUUUCACGCUUUGGGAUGUCAACAGAAAUUUAAUUUUUCGAUAGAACCGAGCACGAACAAUUCACGCUCUAAAGGUGGAUCGUUUACCAGGAACUCCAGUUUACGUUACGAGACACCGAAUUUCCCGCCUAGAAUUCAUCAAACUUUUCAUACGUCUACAGGACGACAAGGAAAAUGUCCCUUUCGAUGCAACACGACACACGAAGCGACCAAGUGUGAUCGUUUCCUCAGGGUGGAUACAUGCACCAGAAUGGAUUUAGUGGCGUGUGCUCGAUUAUGUAAAAAUUGUUUGAAACCACACAGCGGCAAAUGUUCUCUGCAGCCAGGAUGUGGAAUUUGUAAUAGCUACCACCAUGAGCUACUUCAUCCGCAUAACACCAAUUCAUCGAGAGGUACAACUUCGACUCGAACUACGAAUAAUUCGACUAAUUCAUCGGGAACAUCGAAUGGUGUAGUCAAUCCCAGAACGUCAAAUGGAUCUCAAACCAGCCAGGACACGACGGUGGCGAGAUCGUCCCACCAUAUAUAUGUGGAACCAAGAUCGAGUGAGGUAAAUUCAAAUGUUACCAGUAUCAUCGCAUGGGACGAAUCAAUCUUAUUAUCGACCGCAAUUGUUUUGGUACGCUCUCAACGAGAUGAUCGUUUCUACGCUUUCCGUGCUUUGCUAGAUGAUGCUAGUGAAGUGUCCUAUGCCAGUGAAUUCUUAGUACAAACGCUCGGGUUAAGGAAAAAGCAUGUAUUAGCAAAUGCGACCGGUCUAGGUGGCGUAAAAACUGGACAGAUCAAACACACCGUUAGCUUCGAAAUAAGCUCUAAGCAUAAUCCGACGUUCAGCAUGAUGGUCGAAGCUCCAGUCACGAAGAAGAUAACUCAACCGUUACCAUCCACACUCAUCGCUCGUCGAAAUUGGAGUCACAUCAAGGAUUUACCAUUGGCCGAUCCACAGUUUCACAUCCCGUCAAAAAUUGAUUUGUUACUGGGAGCUUCCGUUUACGGUUAUUUGAUGUUGCCUGGCCUGGUUAAGGCGUCACCGCAAGAGCCGGUAGCUAGGUACACUGAAUUCGGUUGGAUUAUUUCUGGGCCAGUUCGUGAUCCGAGUCAAAUCAGGCAAUUCUCCUCACUGCAUCUGCGAAUAGAUAUAGACAAUCAAUUGAAGAGAUUCUUUGAACAAGAAGAAGUCUCGAAGGAAAGAAUUCUCACUAAGGAAGAAACCGAAUGCGAACAAUUUUACAUGAAAACGUAUAGGAGGAAUGAGGAAGGUCGUUUCGUGGUGGCAUUACCAUUCAAGGGUGAUCCAGAAACGCUUGGUUCGUCGCAAGGUCAAGCAAUUGCCCGUCUAACACAUCUGGAACAGCGAUUCAGCAAGAACGCUGCAUUGAAGACCGAAUACACAGACAUUUUGAAGGAGUACGAACGUCUGGGUCAUACGACGAAUAUCGGUCCGUUGAAUAAUGGAGGACAAGUCACACAAAGCUAUUACUUGCCACACCACGCCGUUUUCAAACCGGAGUCAACAUCGACGAAAACCAGGAUAGUUUUCGACGCAUCAGCGAAAGGAACGGGAGGAGUGUCGUUAAACGAAUUGUUGAUGACUGGACCCACACUGCAGGAGGAUUUACGUACUAUUUUAAUGCGAUGGCGCAGUCACCGAUUCUCAGUUGCCGCCGACAUAAAGAAAAUGUACAGACAGGUUGAAGUACGUCAAGAGGAUAGAAAGUUCCAGAAGUUCCUAUCUCGUGACGAAGAGACCGGACAGAUUCACGAACAUCAACACAACAUGGUGACAUUCGGAGUUACCUCAGCGACGUAUUUAGCGGUCAAAUCGUUACAACAAUUGGCGGAAGAAGAAAAGAAAGAUUUUCCGGAAGCGGCCGAAGUGGUCAAGCGUGAUUUCUACAUGGAUGACGGAAUGUCAGGAUCGGACACAGAGCAAGCAUGCGUAGAACUGUGCAAGGAUUUAAAGAAUUUAUUGGCCCGAGGUAAGUUCGAACUGAGUAAGUUUAUUUCGAACUCGGAUAAGGUGUUGGAAAGCGUACCGGAAGAAGACAGAGAAAUCAAACUACCAAUGGAAAUCGAAUUGGGAAGUACUGUGAAGACGUUAGGAGUGCUUUACCAUCCUACGAUGGAUGUAUUCCGAUUUAAGGUCAACUUGAAGAUUGCGAAGGGCUGGCCGACGAAACGUUCGCUACUAUCUGAAACGUCAAGAUUGUAUGAUCCAUUGGGAUGGUUAGCACCGGUAAUAAUUCGAGCGAAAAUAUUAUUUCAAAAACUGUGGGAAGCAGGUCUAAAUUGGGACGAUGAUUUACCGAAACACAUCGCAGAAACAUGGAUAAAGAUACGAACCGAAUUGCAUCUAAUGGAAGAUUUGAACAUAAAUCGUUGGAUCGGAAAAGGUGGAGAAACAGUGGAUUUUCAGUUGCAUGGCUUUAGUGAUGCGUCGGAGGAUGCUUAUGCCGCUUGCGUGUAUUCCAGAGUCAUUGAUCACAAUGGAACAAUUCAGGUAACGCUCAUUACAUCGAAAACUAGAGUGGCCCCAUUAAAACGUGAAACGUUACCGAGACUCGAAUUAUGCGGUUUGGUUUUGUUGGUGAAUUUGAUGGCAGACGUUCGGAAGGCUUACCCAGUAACCGAAAAGGAAUUGCACGCGUGGACCGAUUCAACCAUAGUCUUGGGUUGGUUGAGUACAAAUCCAGCAAGGCUAAAGACUUACGUUGCGAAUAGAGUGGUAGAGGCGAACAAUUUUUUGAAUGGAAGUCAAUGUCAUCAUAUUGAAGGCACAAAAAAUCCAGCGGAUUGUGCAUCAAGAGGUUUGAAUCCAAGCGAAUUAAAAGAGCACGAUUUGUGGUGGAAGGGCCCAGAUUGUUUGCGAGAACACAAAACAUCAUGGGAUCAACAAUUAGAAAUCCCUCCAGUUACAUUAGAACUGAAAGCGAAAGCAGUGGCAACGAAUUUGAACGUGAGAUCAGGAUUGGAUCAGUUAUUGGAGCGAUUUUCGGACUUCAAUCGAAUAAUACGAAUUGUCGCAAUUUGCAAUAAAUUUUUGGAUGGCAUGAAGAACACCAGAAUAACCAGAGUAACAACAUUGUGCCUCACAUUCAUCAAUAAUUUACGCACUGUCAAACAGAAACCACGAUUGGUCAUCACAGCAGUGGAUCUGCGUCGAGCGGAAUUGUUGAUCGUCAAGCUAACCCAAGAACAGGACUUUGCAAGGGAAAUUCACAGUUUGGCUGGAGGAAAGGACAUCAACAAGAAAAGCAAGAUCAUCGCCUUGACUCCAUUUUUGGAUACAGAGGGCUGUCUGAGAGUUGGUGGACGAUUAUCGGAAGCGAAUCUACCGUACGAGAGGCAACAUCCGUUGAUUUUGGCCUCAGGAAAAUUGGCGAAACUCAUCAUUACGGAUAGACACGGCAAGAUGUUACACGGAGGCGUCAAAAUUACUAUAAAUUCGGUAAGAGAGGAUUACUGGAUACUAAACUUGAGAAGUCAAGUCAAGAUGUGCAUCCGAACCUGUGUGAAAUGCGUACGCUUUAAAAAGGAAAACACUAGUCAGAUUAUGGCUGACUUGCCAGCAGUUAGAGUCAAUGUUUCUCUCCCAUUCACGAUGACCGGCUUGGAUUAUGCUGGACCGUACGAUAUAAAGGCAUCAAACGUGAGAUCACCUCCCAUUCGAGUUAAGACAACAAUGGUCAAUGGAAAAAUCGUAAAAUCAAUACCGAAGGUUCCAAUAUACGAGGGAUACAUUGCCAUUUUUGUAUGUUUGGCGACCAAAGCAACGCAUCUGGAGGUCGUAAGCGAUAAGAGUACUGAGGCAUUUUUGGCAGCGUUCGACCGGUUCACGGCGAGAAAGGGUUUCCCGGAGUGCUGCUAUUCAGAUAAUGCAUUGACGUUUAUUGGAGCCAAACCCCUAUUAGCUCCUGAACCAGAAAAUUCACUACUAGACUUCAGCAAGGUUAACGAACAUUCAACAAAAAACGGAACGGAUUGGAAAUUCAUAACGCCAAGGGCUCCGCAUCAAGGAGGAAUUUGGGAGGCCGGUGUCAAGGCAAUGAAGCAUCAUCUGAAACGAGUAAUAGGAGCGAACGUGUUGACUUUCGAAGAAAUGACAACCAUUACAGCUAAGAUAGAAGCCUGUCUCAACUCCCGACCGUUGUGUCAGCUGAACGACGAUCCAGAAGAGUUAUCAGUGUUGACCCCAGGACAUUUUUUGGUCGGCAGACCUUUGAUGGCAAGACCGGAACGAAACUCGACAAAUAAGAACAUCGCGAAACGAAACAGAUGGCGGAUGGUUGAAGCAAUGCAACGAGAUUUUUGGAAAUCGUGGAGCAACGAAUAUUUAAACGAACUACAAACUAGGCAAAAAUGGAGAACGGAAACGAGAAAUUUUAAGGAAAACGAUAUCGUAUUGGUAAACGAAGACAAUGCUCCACCUUUAAAGUGGCCAUUAGCCCGAAUUGUCAAGGUUCACCCCAGUACUGAUGGAAAUGUGAGGUCUGCAACAGUAAGGAUGGCAGGAGAGAGCGGCAAGUUUACAGAAUUGAAACGUCCAAUUGUUAAAUUUCGGCUACUACCGAUGGAGGAAGAUGAGGUCAGUGGCGCACAAGUAACCAAUUAA